AUGCCAAUACUGGGAAUAUUCGGAAAUAAGAAUAGCAAUACUUUCCGUCCAAAGAAAUCACACGGAGGAAAGAGAAAGGAGUUACAUAAAUUAGCAAAAGCUACACUUGGAAGUGGUGAUUUGAGUCAAGCUGUUAAACUCCCACAAGGGGAAGAAUUGAAUGAUUGGCUCGCUGUUCACACUGUCGAUUUCUUCAACACAACCAAUUUAUUGUACGGAAGUAUUUCAGAGUUUUGUACAGCUUCUUCAUGUCCAGUCAUGUCCGCUGGUGCUGAAUUUGAAUAUUUGUGGAUGAAUCCUGAGGAUAAUAUCACAAAACCAAUUCGUGUUUCAGCUCCUGAAUAUAUGGACUUUUUGAUGGGUUGGAUUGAAGCUAGGAUUAACAAUGAAGCAUUAUUCCCACCAUCGCCUGAUGUUCCAUUCCCAGCAAAUUUUAAGAGUGAAGUGAAACAAAUUUUCAAACGAUUGUUUAGAGUCUAUGCUCAUAUUUAUCACUCCCAUUUCGAGGAAGUUAAAAAGUUGGGAGAAGAAGCUCACUUGAAUACUGCAUUCAAGCAUUUUUGUUUGUUUGUUUUUGAGUUUGAUCUUGUAUCCAAGAAGGAAGUUGAACCAAUGGUUGACAUUAUUUUAAGUUUACUUCCAAACUUUGCCUCAAAGCUUAAGAAGUAA